AUGGCGACCGAUCCAACCAGCUACAAGCUUAACCACUCCAUGAUCCGCGUCAAGGAUCCCAAGCGAUCAGUCGAAUUCUACGAGUUCCUUGGCCUUAAGCUCAUCAACCAGCACAAGAACCCUGACGCCAAAUUCGAUCUCUACUUCCUCGCAUACGACAGCCCCGGCGCCGUCUCGCACGGCAACCACUGGUCCGAUCGUGAGGGUAUCGUCGAGCUCACCCAUAACUAUGGCACCGAGAACGACCCCAAUUACAAGAUCGCGAACGGCAACACCGAGCCGAGAGGUUUUGGCCACCUUUGCAUCUCAGUUGAUAACAUUCAGGCUGCAUGCCAGCGUAUCGAGGAUGCAGGUUAUAGGUUCCAGAAGAAGUUGACUGAUGGAAGGAUGCGACAUAUUGCAUUCGUGUUGGACCCAGAUGACUAUUGGGUCGAGGUCAUUGGCAGGAAGCCUUUGGAGGAGACUGAGAAUGUUAAAGAUACCGAUGUCUCAACCUACAGACUCAAUCACACCAUGAUCCGCGUCAAGGAUGCCGAGAAGUCGCUCAACUUUUACAAGGACGUCAUGGGCAUGAAGCUUAAGCGUACAUCAGAGAACGAGAAGGCACAGUUCAACCUCUACUUUUUGGGCUACGGGGACGAUGCGUCGGCAACCACCGCCCACCAAGAAGGUCUUUUGGAGCUUACCUGGAAUUACGGAACCGAGAAAAACCCCAACUUCAAGUACCAUGACGGCAAUGCGGAGCCUCAGGGCUUUGGUCACAUUUGUGUCAGUGUUGAUGACAUUGAUGCCGCAUGUGCCCGAUUCGAGGAGAAGGGUGUGAACUGGAAGAAGAGGCUCACCGAUGGCCGAAUGAAGAAUAUUGCUUUCGUCCUUGACCCAGACGGUUACUGGAUCGAAGUCGUCCAGAACGAGAAGUUGAAAUCUGGUGGCAGGGCGGCGAUCUGA